AUGAACUCAAAAUUUAUAUCUUUUGCUUUAAGCAUCUUGACCCUCUCCAUCAUCUUAUCGGCAGUUGCUCAUCCUGAUAUUCAUGAAUACAAUAAACGUUUACCCAAACUCCUUAGUUGUCCUUGUAAAGUUGCAAAAGCGACAUUCGACUCCAAUGUUUUCGGGCAAGUUAUCUUUGCUCAAGACAACAGUGGCGGUACUCUUGUGACUGGUUUCUUCAGUGAGGGGAUGCACCCUGAAAGGCAUGCAAUUCAGUACUAUGUUAAAAAUUCUUGCGGAAAACUUCUCUAUAAUAUGACAUCAGCUUUAAAUGUCAAAUAUCGAAAAAACGGAACAUACCCUUUUUCAGUAAGACUUAAUGACUUUAACCUCAAUUGUAACUCUAAAGGAGUGCUUCUUAGUUCUUGUAAGCGUCAUCAUCAUAAACGACAAGCCGAAGAUGAUACAGGAUCACCAUCAUUCGAAAUUAAUUCAAAUGGUGAUAGUGCUGUUGCGGAUAUUGAGUGA